UCGAUUGGAGGAUUGGUGGAAGAAAAGUAGGUAAACGACAAAAGACGGAGACGUACAAAAGCACAAUUCGCAAUAGGGGAUCAGAAAGUUUGGACGUGGUAGUUCAUAGUGCCUUCUUUUUUUUUUUUUUUUCAUUGGUUAACCUAGGUAGGAUAUUAGGCAGCAUAGUAGCAAGAGCUUGGUGGCGCAACCCACCGCCCCGUUCCAAAGGGGACGCUCAUAACAUCCAUCCAUCCAUCCAUCCAGUUCGGCCAAUCUAUGGGCCAAUCCGAUCCAAUGAUCUGACAUCUACUCGUAACUCGUUACAUGUAGUCUACGGGCGCCGGGCGUUUGGUUUCUCUCGUCCUCGCGUGUCUUCAAGGGUACCUCAUUUAUUUCUGAUCUGUGCCGUUUUAUUAUGGCGUACGCAAUGAGGUUUGCCAACAGGGCAAGUGCUCUGUCGCUUCUAAGACCAGUGACAGCCUCGCCCGCUGCAUGCUUUGCACCAAUGUCAGCAAUGAGCCCCAAGCAGGCACAAGUGACAGAACACUUCUUCAAAAAGAACAAGUCGCUCAAGAGGCCUUUGUCACCUCACCUGAGCAUUUAUGCGCCUGUAUGGAAUGGGUGUGAUGCCAUUUGUCUGCUCGCACCAGUUCCCGCACUAUGUGGAGGCCCUGCAGGCCAUGCACAUCUCACCCAUCCUCACUUUCCCAGUGAAGCUUGGCCUGGCCUUUGCUCUCUGCUACCACACUUUCAAUGGCAUGCGCCACCUGGCCUGGGAUUUGGGCCUUGGCUAUGGCCUCAAGGAACUCUACACGACAGGCUUUUUUGUGCUUGGUCUCAGUCUUGUGACGGCAGCAGUGUUGGCCUUCAAGUAGACCACCCUACACCUUGCCUGCAGUGCCUCAGGUCAAGGUGGCAAGCCUGCCCACUGUCAUGCAGAGUCCUUUCUUUAGGGGUUUGCAUAGACAGGAAAAAAAGGUACAACACUCUCUUGGUAUGCUGGGUCAGGGUAUCUGUGAUUGUUAAUAAAAAAUCUGCGACAGCUGUGCAUCUAAGUGAAGCUUACUCUAUCUUUACUCGCCGAAGUUAUGUCUCAUGCUGUCCAUGCACACUUUUCUAAACCCCUUGAAGCAUUAAAUGUGUGCAGCAAAAAGUGAUGACAAACAUUGAAAAAUGUGCAUGCAUAAACAGCAGAAGCUGUUCCUCGGCCUUGCUUUGAGCUACAAAUGUUACCAUAGCAACAACAUAAUCAUAAGAACAAGUCAUGGCAGCGAGCCAUGAAAAGAAGUUUCAAAAGCUCAGAGGAGGGCAACCACUGCUGUCAAUGGUGACCCCAAGAUUCUACUUUGCUGGUCUGAUAUAUAUCCCCUUCAGGUAUUGCGUGCAGAAUUGUAGUCGAGAUAGUGCAUCAAAGGCAAAGGCACUGAAGAAUUUAAUCAUAGUUAAAACCUGUCACAUACAUCUUUAAGCACUUCUGAUUCGACCUGUGCUGCAAGCUCUUAUAAUGAAAGGGAAGAACUUUCACCCACCCAACUGUAGCACAAAAGGAGUAAUAUGUAUAACAUGUUUUAGUAAAAUGACGUUUCCCUUCUUUCGUUGUUUUUCACUGAGCUUUAUGCCAGGCAGGAUUUUCAAGAGGCUGGAUUGGUGCUUUCCAAGUAUGCUAAUCAUGAAAUAAUUCACGUUUCAUAUCUGAUUUUCCCUGUGGAGAGUUCUCGCAUGGAAUCUAUAUUCUGUAAGCUGGACAAGCACUCACUGAAGAAACGAAAAUUCUUAAUCUGUUCUGCAGCUGUAUGCUUUUAACAAUUCUGCAGAUGCAAGAAAUACGGCAAAACUAAAUUUUCGGCAGACAGAAUUAAUUGGCACCUGGAUGGGGCUCUGACUUUUACUGUGAAAAGCAGUUGUGACCUAGAGAAUGGAUUGGUCGUGUUUGUUAUCCUUUGAAUGAGACAUGGCACAAUGUGGCGAGAAAGGAGAUAUCGACCUAUGAUCAAACCAACAAUGGUAUGUUCGCAAGCUGAGCAUUGUAACUACAGUCUAUGCCAUGGCUGCUUUGCGCAACCAAACUAGCAAUACUUGGAUUGGUUGCUGACAGUUUUCUAUCAGGCUCCUCUCGUGCAUCAUAACAUAGUGUUGAUCAAGAUGUACAUAUUUGCUGUAACAUUCACACUGACGCACUGUGGUGCACUCUUCCUUGACUUCAUAGAUCUUCAAAUUGCAGUACAUAUGCUUUCUGUGAUAUUUCCUGUUCUGUGAAACAAAUCUGAAAAAAAAAAGAAAAGAAGGUUGCAGUUUCUGCCGACAGGUGAAGAAUUGAUAGCAAUAGCAAAGUAUUAGACAUAUAAACAAUAUAAGAUUUAAUUUUUAUUGGCCAUAUAAAUUGCAGUAAACAUUUGCAUACUAAAGUAAGGGAAAAUGAGACAUCCACCCAAUCAUAGCAAUUGUUACAAAGGAAAACCAUACGGGUUCCUCGAAAGAAAAGCGUCGCAAUUGAAGAAAAAUUCGUCCUGGCAUGUUAGCUUGCAUUCUAGGGUUUUCCUCCAAGGAACAAACUGGCGUCUUCACCCCUUGCAUGUCUUGACUUGGGUUCAACGUCUCCGCAUCAUUCUGCAGGGGCUGCUCCGCAAUUCACGGAAUGCCCAAUGCCGGGAUGUUGAUUUUGUUACUUUUGUUUCCAUUCGUCGAUAUGUGUGUGUGUGUGUGUAUGUUUUUUACGUGCAAAAAUCUGUAGUUGAAAGUA